AUUAGAUUCGGAGUACUUUGCGACGGAGAAAGGCGAAUUUCCAGUCGACAGUUGAUACUACUGCUAAAGACUUUGUCAGCAACUGAAGGUAAAUCGAUCUUCACUAUGCACACGCCCCCAAGUUGAAAUUAGUAUUCAGUAAGCUUCAGUAUAAAGUGCCGUCAUUAGCCUGAUUGUUGUCGCUGUAAUGUAAAAUGGACGUCUUGAUACAUGAACUUUACCCUACUUAGGUUCUUGAAAGUUUCAGUAACUAAUCAAUAAAUUCCUCUCCGACUUCUGGCUAAUUCUCCGCAAGGAUAUUAAAACAUAAACUCCCCCUAAAAUGUUAUGGCCUGAGUGUAGCUGUUUUCUAAUGCCACGUGUUUAUCUUGGGCCACAAGAGAGACGUUUUGAAUAAAAUUCUCUCCACAAGCGUUUGAAAUAAAACAUUUCAGAAAACGAAGCAGGUAACGGGUAAAUGCCGAUAUGUUCUAUUUUUAAUUUUAUUUGUUCGUUUGAGAGCGACGUGAGCUCAUGUCAAAUUCAUCAUUUUGUGUUCUCGAUUGUGUCAUUUGGUAUGUUGAUAAGUAUAUUAGCGCUAUUUUGAAUGAUUAAAAGACUUUUGUGCAACUACAUGUUUGAGCUGUUGCAUAUAGGGAACGAGAGAAGUAAGGAUGUAUGUUCCGUAUGUUCUUUACCGUUUGGACGUAUCGCGUACGAGAAGAAAGCAUAAAAUUAUCAUGUGAACUCCACCUGCGUUCGUUUGCCAGUGCGGCGCUGCUCAAAGAUGUUUUGAGAGUACUCCUUUAUCGAAUCUAUUUUAAGAACAAGCCAAGUGUUUCAUGUAAAAAUGAGAGUGAGCAAGUCUUUAAUCGGUUCCCUUCCAAAAUAAAAUGUUAAUAAUAUAAACUGGAAAUAUCAGUCGCUCCUGCCCCUCCUCUCCCCGCUUACACCUCCUUCUCAUUAAAUCGGGUGUACCAUUUUUCCUUUUCCGGCGACAAAGGGCAAAGAAGACAUCUCGCAGCCUACUGUCCUGUCCACUGUUUUUUUUCUUAUUGUGGACAGUUCUCUUGGUAUCAGAGGACUGGGGAAUUAAGAAAAGAAGAAAAGAGAAAAUUAACCGCACGAGGUAAAAUAAAUGAAAAGAGACAGCAGCGCUUAUCCUUACGAGAUGACGAGGGUAAGAAUGAGAAAGAUCAAAUAAUAAUGAAAAACUGUAUACAUUUGUUGUAAACGAUGAAUUAUCAGUGCGAUCUUAAACUCAGACCUUCGUCAUAGGUUUGAAAACCUGCCUAAAAGGCAAGUUUGUAUAAUCUCUUUACAGUCAACUGUCGCCUCGAGAACACGGUCUAUUUAAUACGCACACUCCGAUAACACGGACGCAUUUAAAACAUGUUUAAAUAUCAUUGCAAAUUUAAAUAAAUAACAGGCAUUUUACUGAAAUAGAAGGAUACUAAUGGGACUAUAUAACUGCAUUGGGCGCAAAGAUAUGAACGUUGAAAUAUUUUUGUUUGGUUUGAUCUUCCUUUUGCCGAAAGGGUCCAUUUGCUGCUGUUUUUUUUUUUAGUUUCGUCUUUUAAGAAUAAUCCAUUUGUCAAGAUCCGGUCCGUGCACACAUUAUUUUAUUGUUGAGGUUUUGUUCCGUUUAGUAUAAAAAUAUAUCCGCGCACUUUAUCAACAAGAGCUGAGUGUUUUUGGCACGUCUGGCCUAGGAGAAGACAUGUGCUGAAUCCGAGUGAAAGAGAUAAUCGUUUUAAUCUGUUUUGGAACCCACUAAUCUGUUUGGUCUUGGACUAUAAUUCCUGGUUAACACCCAGAAAAAACAAACACGCUUGCAUUUUAGUUCCAAUCGAUGUUUUUAUGUAUCAAAUUUUUAUAUAUCAAAUGCUGUUGUUAAUUUUCAAAGACCCAAACGUUGCAAAUCUAUAAUAAUACCAGUUGAGAUGAAAGUUGUUGAUCUGCACCUUUUGACCCUUAAAAGACAAGUAAUUCAGCUCUUCUUCGAGCUUGUUUUUCGAAUUGCAAGAUUUCCGUGGAAAACUGCAUUUAUUCUUGGGAUUUUUUCUAGUGCAGCUUCUUUGGGUAGGUCAACAUUAGUUGUAAACCAAAAACUGCCAAACAUUUUUAGUUCUCAGCUUUCAGUUCAUUUUGUUUGUUUUUGAUUCGCGAAGUAUUCCUUUUUCAAAUUCCACAUUUUGACUCGCUAUGACUUUUUUAGAUAUAAAUAUAAGGUAUAAAUAUAAAUAUAGGUAUAAAUUUCCCAUCUAUUUUGUCCAACAUUGUAGAUAGGCCCAUGCCAGGUUGGGUAGUCUACCAGAACACGGCGAUUCGCUUUUGUCAAUCUUUAUGAUAGAAGGCUCCUCAUCCUUUUGGAUCGAUUAGCUUUAUAAGGCUAUAUUGAAAAACACACAAUUGAUUGCAGUCAAAACGCCACUAAGCAGUCACUUUUUAUAGGGAAUGGCCAAGUGUUCAAUGUUGUUCGACAGUUGAAUCAGUAUAAAGAGCAGAAAAGUGUCCAUUAAAAGGCGUUAGCACGGUAGAGUACAGUGAAGAUUGGUAUGCUACACCUCCGUUAACAUGCCUCCGUCAACCAGCCACCAUGUAUGACGUAUCUUACAUGUAAUUGUUCUAGUUGUCUGCUCGUCCGGAGCUAGAAGCGUCGUUUGUUUUCUUUUUUUGUGCUCUAGUGACCAAUGCGAGAGUGGCAGUCACAGGCGCAAAGGUCACAGAUGUGUGUGGUCUCUUUUCUGAUGGAACUGUUACUCUCUUUUCUGCGUGCGCGUCUGCCCUAUCUGCUGCUGCGUUUAUCAGCUUCUUUUCCCCUGUGAAGGUUGGUUUAGGGUACAACUCCCAUAACCGUGCGCGUAUCUUCAAUAACAGGAGUUAUUUUUUCCCGUUUUUCAGGAGAGCGAAUUAAAAUAAUUGACAAUGAAACAAUUCAUUGAUUUAAUGAUUCUUUUACCGUCAAGAAAUUUAUGUUUUAGUCAUAUUUUAGAGAAUAGAAUCAUAAUUAAAACUUUUCUCGCUGUUCUCUUACACACUUUCCUGUACUAUUUUCAUUUUCCCACUCUACAUUUUCACUCUACUGAGUUUUUAAUUGCCGAUUUUCUGUGAUUUAUUUUGUUUUGUUUACGAUCGUUCUCUUUUCUCACCUUGCAGUGUAUCAUGGGUAUUAUAAAUGAUGACGCGUUUGAGGUCACAUGACAUCACAGCCACAUCAUAGUUUUUUUUUCUCCUUGAGAAAAUUUUCAAGGAAAGUUGUCGUCCGUACUCUUGCUUUGUUUAAUACAAGCUUUUAUUUUUGCUUAAGACUGUUUACACAGUUUUCUUGACGAUGACUGACGGAAACGAAGGAGAGAACCUGCCUCAAAAACUACCAACUGCAACGUCGAAACAACGGCGGUCAAGUUUGUUUGAAGUUGGAUUUGCAGUUCAGCGAGAUCGUGGUUCUAGUAUGGUCUCUAUCCCUAGCAUUAUUCCCAGCCAAAUCCACGGUGUUCAUCAGAAGGUCCGCUACGAAAAUACGUACAAAAUGGAGCCAGACAAGCGAUUUCACACCGCCGAAGUGAAAGAAAUUCUGGACGAGACGCUAUCGACGUCUUUGAAAGAUGUGAAGUACGAUCCGGUGAGAUGCAAAGCGUUGAGCAAAUCGCUGUCUCACACUAUCUGUGAAAGAGUGAAACUUCUAGGAUUCAGCCGGUUUAAGAUCGUCUGUGUUGUGAGCAUUGGUGAGAUGAAAGGACAAGAUGUUCGAGUUGCGAGCCGCUUUCUUUGGGACGAAAAACAUGAUAACUGGGUCGAUUCCGUGUUUACAAGUUCUGAGUUAUUUGGGGUUGCGGUCGUUUUUGGCGUUUACCAGGAAUAAACAACGACGAAACCGCUUGAACGUAAAGUCGCAAGCUUUAUUUUAUCGAAAGGUUUAGAUUAUGGACAAUUCAGAGAAGACUUUCCGUUGAAAAGAUUUUGCUGCAACUGCAGAAGUCCUUUGAAUUGGUUCUCGUUGACAGAAUUAAAUGUUUAUAAAGACUUCUCUGUAUGGAUUGUAAGUAAGCUUAAGCUAAUUUUAAGCUUUAAUACAAGUUUUGAACGGUCAAGUAUUCAUGUUGUAAAACUUGUAAUAGUUUCUCGUAAUUGUGGACCCUAGAUUGGUCCUUGUUUUGUUGCAUUGGCAACUUUUCCUCGAAUUUUCAUGACGUUUAUGUUUAAGACUAAUGCUAAGCUAUGCCUGACGAAGUGCUUAAGCUAAUUCCUGUGACAUCUUACAGAAAAGUAGUUUCUUUAACCAUAAACUUCCACCAGAUGUAUUUUCUUCCUUUAUCGUAUUGAUUUAGUUUAUGAGUUUAUUAUUAAUUUGUGAUGCUUGAAGAUUUCAUACGCUGUUUUAUUCCUUGGUGCUUCGAUGGCUUACCUGUAGAAUCUUUGAAUGGAUGACAUGG